GUCUGCCCGCUGGUGCGUUUGCGCCUCCCACCUUGAGAGCGAGGUGGAGAAGAGUUCACUUUACGGAGUUUAAGGUCUGGUGUUGGUGUUGGUGUUGGUGCCCCGUCUGGAGGAAAAGGUUCUGGCGAGGCAGAAAAGCCCCUUUUACACUGAGCCAAGAUGCUGAACAUGUGGAAGGUCAGGGAGUUGGUGGACAAAGCAACCAACGUGGUGAUGAACUACUCAGAGGUAGAAUCUAAAGUCCGAGAGGCCACCAAUGACGACGCCUGGGGACCGUCAGGACAGCUGAUGACUGAAAUCUCUAGAUGCACCUUCAUGUAUGAGCAGUUUCCAGAGGUGAUGAACAUGCUGUGGGCCCGCAUGCUGAGAGACAACAAGAAGAACUGGAGGAGAGUUUACAAGUCUCUGCUGCUGCUGGGGCAUCUAAUCAGGAAUGGAUCAGAGAGGGUUGUUACCAGUGCCAGAGAACAUCUGUAUGACCUGAGGUCAUUAGAAAGCUACCACUUUGUUGAUGAGAACGGGAAGGACCAGGGCGUGAACGUGCGUCAGAAGGUGAAGGAGAUGGUGGAGUUUGUCCAGGACGAUGACCGGCUUAGGGAGGAACGGAAAAAAGCAAAGAAGAACAAAGACAAAUACAUCGGGGUGUCCUCUGACAGCAUGGGAUACCGUACUUACUCGGGGGACAAAUACGACUCGAACGAAAGCCAGGGAAAGUGGGACGACGACUGGGACAGGAGUAAAGGGCAGUUCCCCUUCAGCGAGAAGCUGGGCGAGAUCAGCGACAAAAUCGGCAGCACCAUCGAUGAUACCAUCAGCAGAUUUCGGAAGAAGGAUAGAGACGACUCACCGGAUCGAUUUAGUGACCACGAGGAGGACCGGAGUCGCUCAUCUCACAAUGGCCAGCCUGGAAAAGAGUUCAAAGAUGAAGAGGAGACUGUUACCACCAAGAGUGUUCACAUAGUCCAAGCAACAGAGACAACGGCAACACGCAAAAGGGGAGGGGUCCCGUCUAGGAAAGUAGACCUGGGGGCCGCGGCCAACUACACAGGAGACGGAAGCCCAAACACCACCACCAAACAGCCCCAGCCAGCAGCAGCUGCCCCUCCACCCUCCAGUACCAGCCUAGCUGACCUACUAAUGGUGGACACAACACCAAGCCAGCCCACUGCCACAGACUUGAUGGGUGGAUUUGCUGACUUCUCUGCGCCUGGUGCCUCUGUAGGCCUCUCCUCAGGAUCUGCAACACCAGCCUCUAACAGUAAUGGAGAUUUUGGAGAGUGGAACGCCUUCCCUGGAGGUCAGAUGCCAGUGUCUGCUCAGACUGCCGACACCAGCAAAUUCGACCUUUUUGGUGGCAUGACGGCAGGUCCUGCAGCCGUCCCGGCACCCGUGCCAAUCUCGGCUCCGACCUCUGGCCCUGCCUCGGCAGACCUGUUCGACCUGAUGGGUCCGACUCAGUCUCUCACCUCGUCCCAGAGCCUCAACUUCAGCAUGAGCAGCACACAGAGCAUGAGCAGCACCGUCCUGCCCCAGUCUAGGUCACAGCCCCUACAGAACAUGGGGGGUGCUCUACAUCUGCAUCCGCUCGAGCCUGUACAACAGGGAGUGGUCUCUCAAGGUGCUGGAGCCAAAGCGUCCCUCCCCUCCACCUGGGCAGACCACUCUAUCAACAUCAGCCUGGACUUCCUGGGACCAGGCAUGCAGCCGCCCAAGACUAGCCAGCCCAGCCUCAACACCCUCCAGCACGGUAACCAGACCAACAUUCUCUCCCAGGGACUUUCCACCAUGAGCCUUGGAACACCAGCGCCCAGAUCGCCUGUAAAUCCUAUGAUGCACACUGGUGCUGGCAUGGGGAUGGGCAUGGGCAUGGGUAUGGCCCCCAACCAGGGCAUGAUGGGGAUGGGCAUGAACAUGGGAAUGCCACAAGGAGGUAUGACUAUGGGGAUGCCCGGUGCCAUGGGGAUGGGAAUGGGUAUGAAUCCAGCAAUGGUCCAACAACCCAAACAUGAUGCCUUCGCUGACUUCGGCAACUUUGGAAAGUGAUGGAGCUGGAGAGCAAAGAUUUAUCAGGAGGAGCGGUAUGGGUCGGCCUUUCUCUCUCUCUCUCUCUCUCUCCCUCUCUCUGUCUCACUCUCCCUCUCUCUCUCUCCGUCCAUUGGCGAAGGAUUGUUAUGAGCUGCAAACAAAGAGUACUUGAAUAAUGUCAACUAUCAUAAUACCAACACCUUGCAAUCUCCUCACUUUCAAAAGUAAUGCCGCAUAAUGAUAAAGUGUGUGUGUGUGUGUGUGUGUGUGUGUGUGUGUGUGUGUGUGUGUGUGUGUGUGUGUGUGUGUGUGUGUGUGUGUGUGUGUGUGUGUGUGUGUGUGUGUGUGUGUGUGUGUGUGUGUGUGUGUGUGUGUGUGUGUGUGUGUGUGUGUGUGUGUGUGUGUGUGUGUGUGUGUGUGUGAGAGAGAGAGAGAGAACCAAGGAUCUGCCUGGUCUGGGGUGGUGGUCAAACAUACACGCUGACAGUGUGCCUUGUUGGUUGGUCACAAGUCGGUGCGAAGAAGGAAGUGUGUGCCACCGAGAGAAUGUCAGGGGUAUUUGCUUUAUAACCUCAAUCAAGUGAAAUCACCAGAAUAUAAGAAAAAAAAACAUAUCAGUACCUGCAUAAUUUUUUACUUUACUGAAUGAUGACUUUGGAUAUCAUGAUUCGCCAUUUUAACUUUCUAAUGUAGUACAUUUAAAAUUAUCAACUGACCUCUUUUUUUUUUCCUUCUUUUUUUUGUCCUCGCUCUUCCUUUGACCUGUACAUAGAAAUCUGGAGCCCUGAAAAAUAAUUUAUGAAGUUCCUAUAGGAGAGGCAGUGACAAUGUGAAGGGUUGUAUCCUACAGACCAAAUGUGAUAUGACUUAAGACCUAUAACAAAAGCACGUUGACACCUUCUCUUUGUACAUAAGUGUCCACACACUCCGGAUGUGGCCUGUCGGCAGCGCUGCAGCACGGUCAUUAAUUGGAGUUCGGAGUGGGAGCUGUUGAUUGGUUUCAGGAGUUUGUCCUUAAACAGACCAUCAUAUGAGGCCUUUCUUGUUAGUAUAUAUAAAUAUAUAUAUAUUUUACCUAAGAGAAAUGUUAUAAUCAGUUUGCAUCCAAAUGAUAAUCGGUAGGUAGAAAGAACCUCCUACAGCGGUCGUGGGUUCUUUAUUCUAGCUCAGAGUGCCUUCAGUUAACCUCUGUGAAGGAGACAGUGGGACUAUGCAGUGUUGAGGACAGCUACCAGAACAGAGCAUCUGUACCAUGUACAAAAAAAAGGGUUUGUACUUACACCUCAAACCAAGUGUACUUUCUGUACAGGUAUCAUGCAGUUGUGUAAUUAUAUCCCUCAUUCGGGUUUUGUCUGUCCCAUGCACAUUUGUAUUGUUUCCACUGUUAGGGCCAGCGAUAACUUCAGUUCUCUGAAAAACACAGGAUGAAAGUGCUCAAGUCGGCACACAUCAGUGUGUUCAAAUGUCCCAACGUGUGCAUCUUGGUCAAUGCUGCCUUUUCACCUUCCACCUUUAUUAAUGUUACCCAUUAAAACCCGGCAAUCUUGAAAACAUUGUUUCUGUCAUAACUGUCAUUAGUCUGCACGUUACUGCAACUCAUCAGGUACAGAAAAGUGUAGUGAGAGAGCGAGGCGCAGUACAGUCACGGCGGUGGGACGAGGAUGUGUUGUGGGGUAAUGGAUAAUGAAGUAUCCCAGUUCAGCUGUACAGCAGCUGAGUGAUCCGAAAGAUUCAAGUGCCUGCCGACGGCUGCCUCCUGACCCUUGUAAUGAGUGAUUGAUAAUAUAACUCUGGGCUGCCUGACAUAUUUGGUCUGAACUAAAUAAUUCACUGACCUGAGAGGGCGGUGGAUUCUUUCACCCCAGGAGGAUUGAAGUUGUGCUUCCCUACUCUCCCAAGGGCCCGAGAAGCUGAGCACACUAACACAUAGUAGCCUUGCGUUGGAGUCUGAAGCAUUAAAAUGACCAAAAUCUGUUUGCUGUUUUAUUAAACUAUCUCGGUAGAUUAUUUUAUGCAUUGUUUUUUAUUAUGUCAAAUCGUUUUGAUCUUCUUUAAAAUGGGAUUGUUACUGAAACACUAGUAUAUGCAAAUGUAAAAAAAAAAUCCUUUGAGAGAAAUUAAAUUUUGCAUCAUUCCCAUUUUGAUUUGAUUUACACAUCAAGAUUCUUUAUCUACAACAUUAAACAGUUGAUUGAAA